GGUUCAGGAAGUGCCUUGAGGCCCCAUGUACAGCUUGUGCCGCUGACGGAACCUUGAAGCCAUGGAACAAAGCUUCCCGCUGAAGCUGGUGUCCACCACGGCUGGCCGCGGCUAUGCAGCGUCCAGGGACUUGCGCAAGGGUGAGGUGGUUCUCCGGGUCGCUCCAGUUUCGGCAGUGCUCCACGAUGACAUGGUAGAAAGCCAUUGCAGUCGCUGCCUGCAGCCCUUCCUGGGCCUAGCGCCGGCGCCCUGCCGCUGCGGCGGCGCGCGCUUCUGCCGGGGCUGCCGCAGGGCGCCCUUUGCGCAAGCGGAGCACCGGGCAGAGUGUCGGGCCCUGGCAAAGCUCCGGGAUGGGGCAACCCGGCGCCGCUUGGGCCUUCGCGGCUUGAAGCGCAAAGGCAAGCUGCGAGGACAUGACAGAGAGGCAACGAGCAUGCUUCGGCUGGCGGUGCGGCUGCUGGCGCGGCGCCGGCGGAGCCUGCGCCAGGAGGCCCCGGUGCCGCUGCUGGGGGACAAAGACGGUGCUUGGCUACCGGAGGAGGACGUGGUGCAUGACAGCUGGCGCGACGUGGAGGCCUUGGCGCCAGCGGAGGACGAGCUGGAUGCCAUGGUGGAGACGCUGCAGCCUGAUCGAGCAUAUCAGUUGGAAGGUGGGGCCAACGCGGUGCGCCUGCUGGUGACAGCCGCCAGGGAAGAGAUCUAUCACCUGCUUUGUAGGCUCGCCUUCAAUGCUAUGGCGCUGGUGCCGGAGGAGCCGCUCCGCGCUGGACAAGGGCGCUGGCGCGACACAGGAAUUGGUUUGUACCCCACCGGCGCCAUGCUCAACCACUCCUGCUCCCCGACGUGCCUUUGGUUCAUGCGCGGGGGCAUCUUGGUGGUGGAGACGCAAAAGUCCGUGAAGCGGGGUCAAGAGUUGACCGUGGCGUACCUGCCAACCACUGGAACUUGUGAGGUCCGGAGGAAGCGCUUGCGCAAGGCCUUCGGCUUCACCUGCCAGUGCCGUCGCUGCUGCGCGGAGAGCCGGCCAAAAGAGUCCGCAAGGGCGAGCCGCAACUUUCUGGUGAGCUUCGACAAAGGUAGCUCAGCAGCUGAGGUGCUGCAGUGGAAGCGCCUGGCGGCACGCCGCGACGCUGCGCUGACCCGCGAGGAAAAACAGGAUGUUAAGGUCACGCAGGCAGAGUAUUGCGGCGAGGAGGCGCGCCAGGGCUUCCAGAGCAACCGGAGGACCCGAGCAGCGUUGGUGCGUGAGGGCCAGGGCAGUCUGCGCUUUGGUGCAUGA